UUGUUUUGUACCUACCAAAAGAAUGGCUGCCAUCUUUAGUUUUGGACGGAUGUUUUACCGAGUCUUCGGUGAAUUAUUAUAUUUAACGCGUUGUACAACACCGUAAUUAUUCGUGAUAAAAGGCUUAUAAAUAUUGUAAGCGAUGUAACGAUAAAUAAAAUGUUCAACGUUAUCAAUGCCCCUGGUGAUUAUUGACAAGAAAAAUGAUUGUGUUUACAUCCAAGUUUGAAGUGAGCUUUUCUGUAUUCCUGUCACAGCGAGCCUCUGAUCUGUAAGGCAACCGAUGAAAUUGAUACCAGUGAAUGCAGGGACUAUUGCACCGACAUCGUGCCCCCUCCAUUGCCAUCAGUUGACAUAAGUAAAUCGUAGAAAAAACAAUAUUUCAAGAGUAGCCAGGAAAGCCUUCAAAACGUCGACCCAGUCAGGGAGUAAAUUAACAAGUGGGGUGGCUGGAAGCUGCGGUACCGAGGCGAACGACACCCCGGGGCCGUUGCCACCGCCACCGCCAUCCACUUUACCAUCACAAUUUCCUCAAUCAGCCCUAAAUGCUGAAGUUGCUGUAUCCGAGGUAGGUAAUAUUACUGAUCAUCACUGUUUGGACACCACCGUGGAGGAGACACUCAGUGGACAUGGCGGUGAUGAAGCUAUUAAAACUGAGACCACCAUGAAUGUACAAUCAACCAUUGGCAGCAGUGAACAAACACUGAGGCCAACAACACCACAACCAUCAACAGCAAUAAUGUCAGGGAGUGUGGUGGUGACAAACAAGACAACUGUUGUUUAUCCGAUAAAUCAGGUUAAAGUUCAGACACAGUUGAGCAACAAGGCACGUCCUGGAAGUCCUGGAGUCAUUACAAGUGCUGGAAAAUUGACGAUGAUACCUGGAAACAACAAGAUUACGAUGGAGGGACAGAAAGCCUGCCCACCAGGAACUGUGACUCCGAUAAUAGCUACACGAAUUAUUCCCCAGAGAGUACCGGGGGUUCAACAGCACACGGUUACGACUUCUCCGUCGAUAACUCCACAGUCGAAAAUUGUUAUCAACAAUGCAGUGACACCGGGCCAGAUACCGAUAACUUACGAAGCUGUUCAAGUCGCCAAUCAUCAGCAGGCGGCCAUAAUUCAGGGUAUCCAGCAGAUUCAGACAGUUCCCACAGGGACUGUGAAGACAGUGUCAUCGAACAUCACGGGAGUAUCGAAUCUCCAUAGAAUUCAGAACGCCAAAGCUCCGCCAGUGAAUUUUCAGAAAGUCAAGACGAUUACGAGUGUCAGUAACCAGACAGCAGUUGUCUCCAAGAAUUUGGUAUCACGAAUUCAGGUACCUAAAUCACAAGUUGCAAAUGCUGUCCACCAAAUGACACCGAUGACUGUUAAUCAAGUGAUAACGAAUGUCAAUAAUGCACCGAGAUAUCAGCCAAAUGCUAUGAUAACAGUGCAAAAAUCACAGGCUAAUCAGCGAUUGAAUCCUGGUAACAGUGAGAAUCAUCAGAAUAACAAGGCACAGGGGGUUCAGCAACAGGGCCAGAAGGUGGUUGGACCCCCCCAGAAAGCACAAGCUAUUUCAAGACAGUCUCAAUCGCAAAAGCAGAUGAAUAGUUUGAAGAAGGGAGCUGUAACUGGCCUACAAAAAUCACAAAUUCAGAACCAUCAGGGAUUGACCAAUCCCCAAGCAUCUGGGUCAGUCCCUGGGGGUCAGAAUCGAGGCCUGAGUGGACCGGGAAAUAUUUUGAAAAGUGAUAAUAGCAAUAGUAAUACACAACUCAAUGUGACAAAAGCAUCACACACAGCUGUCACUGUUGUCAAUAAAAAUCAGACUGUUGUUCAGCAAAUUGUUCCCCAGGGCCAGCAACAGCAGCAGAUUAUUCAGAAACAGGUGGGUGCAGGUCAGAGGAUUCAGGGAAAUGUGAGCAUACAACCGAAAGUCAAUGUUUUGACGCAGGGACUGACGAGUUUGCCGAUGAAUGCGAAAAAUCCGACGAUAAUAAAUGCCAAGAUUCAGCAGUCCCCGCAGCAGAUGCUGCUGAGGCUCGAGCCUGGAAAGAGUUCUGUUGGGAAUAUUCAGGGGGGUGUGAAGGCAAUUGCACAGAAGCCAGGGAAUAUCAUGAAGAAUUCACCGAUCGUCGGACAACAGUCAAUUCAGAGAAAUACGACUGUUCAGCCAGUGAAAAUAAUUCAACAGACGGGACAGGUGUAUUCAGCCAGUGGUUUUCCAGCUCAGGGAAUCAGUCAGAAGCAACCUGGAUGCAUCAAGACUAUUCCAGCACAGAAACCACAGCAGAGGGGUCAGGUGCAGGGAAAAACAGGAAUAAAGACGUCUCUCAACACCAAUAUGAAUACAUUGAAGACCAUUGGCAACGCCAAUACGACAGUGAUAACUCAGAAAUCGAGUAUUAAGACACUGCUUCCUCAUCAACAGAAUACUUCCAGUGUUGUCGUCCAGAAAAGCCAGCCCAUUAAGAUACAGUCAACCAAUGUCCAACAGAAACAGUUGUUCAUCGCCUCGCAAUUUGCUACACAGCAGCAUCAGCAGGGCCAGCAAUUACGGCAGGGACAAAUCAAGACUAUUUUACCGUUGACUUUGACGCCAGACUUGCGCAAGGAGAUGGAGUCCAAAGGUGAAACUGACAGCCCACUGGCUGUCAGGGAUGAGUAUGAGAAUGAUGAGGAAGAGGAGAUCAAAGCUGUGCAGCACUCGCCAGUACGCAGAAUGCCCCUUCCAUAUGAGUGCCUCCAGUUUGUCCUCCAGGAUCACAACUACGGCGCUCCACCCCCACGAACGCCGCCCCCACCGUCACCGCCCCUAAAACAACAGCCGAUAAACAACGGAACAGGUCCAUCUCUUCCUCACCAAUCAUUUAUUUACAAUCAGGGUGUUCCAAUAACCCCGAACACUGCUGACGAUGCAGCGAGUGCAAUCAGUAGUGACGCAGGCCGAGAAGUCGAGCCAGAGGGCGAAGAGACUGAGACAGCUCCGGAGGGUGAGGGUGACGAGGAGGACAGUAUAACCCGUUGUAUCUGUGAAUUUGAACACGACGACGGCUACAUGAUCUGUUGCGAUCGUUGUUUAGUGUGGCAGCACGUCGACUGCAUGGGAAUAGACAGAUCCAACAUCCCAGAUGAGUAUCUCUGCGAGAUCUGUCGACCCCGUCGAGUGGAUCGUCAACGCGCCCGCACCCUCCAGAUGAGAAAACGCGAGGAGCUCCUAAACUCUGAUACUUCAUCCGACACAUCCUCGACGUCGUCAGCCGACACGAAUGUCCCAGCGCCCCCCAAUCCCAAGAAAAGAAAUAUUCAGCAGGCGCGAAAGAAGACAGAGACACCAUCACAACCUCGAAGGCUGAACAACAACAACAACAAUAGCGAGAGCAACAGCAAUCACAAUUCCCUAUCGACACCAGUCAACACGUUACCACCGGCCCCCAGUGCAGCACCCGCACUCGAUAACGUGUCAUCUGCGACAGGAAAUACAACAGCCUCCACGAAUACCACCAGCAACAACACCACCACCAACAACAAUAACAACAACAACAAUGUGACAAAGAGGCCGGGAAGAAGAGAACAGAUGCCCAGACAAUCAGCCGUUCAAGCGAGGAAAAAAGAAGUGGUGAAACGCGGACCUGGCAAGAGAAAAGGAAAACGCAGACGAAGUACAAAUGACGAGGAGGAGAAUCAGGAGUCAUGGGGGGCAGCAGUUGUGCCCCUGAGGCAGUGGAUAGAGCGAUACGAGGAAGCAGUGACGAAUCACUACAGUCCAGAGUUAAGGGCGAGAAUAUCGAGUAUCAAAGUCAAUGGAACUCACAGCGAUCUCAAACAGAAUAACAACAAUAUGAGUGCUGUUGCAAGUGGCAAAUGUCGAGUCAAUGUUCACAGUAAUAAUGUCAAGUAUCUGAUGGCGACGAUGUAUCUACCCGCUAAUACUCCAGUGGUUGAGCUGAGGGGAAAGUAUAUGCUGAGUACACAACACAGGCCAGUACAUCAUGGCCAGGGAAGGCAGCAUGCUCAGCGUCCUGGGCCUUUUGUCUUCUUCUAUCGUCUGCCACGGGAAGGGACUGAGGUGUGCGUUGACACCAGAACCUAUGGGAAUGACGCGAGAUUUGUCCGACGAAGUUGUACACCCAAUGCAGAGGUUAAGCAUUGCAUUGAGAAGGGAACACUUCAUCUGUACAUUGUGACGACGUCGGCAAUCGAUAAAAAUGCAGAGAUAACGAUUCGUCAUGAACAGCACAAUCUCCUGAUGUCGCCGAAUAGUUCGAGUACGAAUUCUGUUGGUGGUUCUAUGUUGCCACUGGCCUGUGCAUGUGGUAAUCCUCGGACAUGUCAAAUUGCUUCGAUAGUGGUGGGGCAGGUAGGAGCAAUGAGGAGGAGCAGCGGUGGUGCUUCUGCGGAUAAUUCAGACGGUCGAGAGAGGAGACGAAGAGGAAGGAAGAAUACAGCCCCUGAGGAUGAUGCUGGAGUGUCUGGUGGGGGGGCUAGUGUUCCACAGGCACCACCAACAGCACCGAGUUCGUCGAGUGACACAAGUGCCACUGGUACCCUGGGUGCAACACCGAAGAGGGCGAUUGAAACCCGGGAGAAACCGAAGGAGGAAGUUCCCCAGGUGGCGCAACUACCGCCAACUCUAGCUGAUCCACCAGCGCAGAUUCCUACGCAAACGUCAACAGGGCCCAGUGAUACACCUCCACAGGAGACCAAGAAGGACAAGAAGAAGAUGACUCGUGAGGAGAGAAAGAUGGAGGCAAUAAUGAAGGCUUUUGAGAGGCUGGAGAAGGCGGAGCAGAGGAAGCAAGAGGUGCAAGCAAGAAAUGCCCAGAGGAAGGAGUCGGGUGGUGCGCAGAGUGAUAAUGAUGAGAGGGAUCAGACGAUUGUCAGCCAUCCUGGGAAGGGUCAGAAACACGUGGAGAGACCCAUUCGCCGCAAGAGGAGAAAGGGAAGAGCCAGAACAACGAGCACAUCUCAAUCCUCCACCAGAAGAACGAGACUGAAUUCAGCUGAUUCAGAUUUAUCAUCAGCUGAUGACGAUAAUCUGCCUGCUCUUCAAUCACCACCCUUGAGACGGCCUCCCUGUUCCUCACUCUCAUCAACCGGUCAGAUAUACUCCCCGACGAAGAGUGAAACACUCCGGGAUCCUGGAAAUCCAAAUCCAGUGAUUCCAACAGCAGCUGAUCUUCUUCUGGCACUUGCAAACUCAAAUGUCCCCGAGUCUGGCCGAUCGUUAUCACCUGAUCGAACCCUUCAACAGCCAGCGUUGAGUAAAAGCCCGACGUGUGACAGUGGUGCAAGCAGCAGCUCCCAGAGUUCAACACCAUCAACACCACUGUCAUCAGCUUGUCUACUGGUGGCAGCUGCUGUUGGCCCACUGGCACCUGGAUUUAAAUUCCCAAAAACUAAGAAAGCGAUGAUGAAUGAAUGGCUGAGGGAAUCACCGGAUCUCUCUCAGUUGCCACCCAGGACUCUACCCCUUGUCUCGACAAUUCCAGUCUCCAAGGAAUCUCCCAAGGGAAGUGAUCAGUUGUCCUCUGAUUAUCUGAAUCAAUCUAUGAAUUAUGGGACCAAGAGUCUGGCAACUCUCGUUCAAGCCGCCAAUUCGGUGUCCGGAAUUUGUGAUUCACCACCUCAAAGGAAGAGCGUAGUUUGUGGAAAUAAUUCACUGAAUUCCCAGUGUCUUGUGUCCUCAGGAUCUGCCAAGAAACGAUGGCUGAGACAGGCCAUCUCCGAGGAGUGUGAUUCACCGAAUAGCCGACGUGACAGUCCGCCAAGUGAAAUUGUUGCUGCACCACCGAAGAAGAGGAGAAUAGCCAGAGAGAGUCUCUCCUCUGAUAAUUACACACCUCCAACAACUCCAACACCCUCAACUGGUGAUUGUGCCCUGAUGGGAACGGGCAUUGGGGAUCACUCGGUGUCAAUGACUGUUGAGAAUGUUUCGGAGAAGCCCGCCUUCUUGUCAUCCUCGUCACGAUCGUUAUCACCAACGACCCUCGAGAGACAGAUCAAGAGUUAUCUAGACGCUGAGAUGAAGGAGGUGGAACCGGUGGACAUGAAGAAGAGUGAGUUCUACGAUAUUUGUAAGAUUGAUAAAACCGGUGAAGUUGUCGAGGAUGUACCUGUCAAAGCUGACAGCCCACAAGGGCUCGAUGAUAAAUUAUCUUUGAGUAAUAAAAUGGUUGAUAUUAAAGUAGAUGAUUUGAUAAAAAUUGAAUUAAAAAAUCAACUGUCUGAGGGAAUAAAGAACGAAACUAUGGGAAUGGACAGCAAUCAAGGUGAUAUUGAAUUUAAGUUGAACAUAAAGACUGAACUCCAGAGUAAAUUGGAGGUACCGAGUUUGGAUUUAAAUAUUAAAGUAGAAAAAACAGUAGAAAAUACAGUUUCCGGUUGCGAUAAAGUCGAUGAGAAAAAUAUUGACACUGGAAAUGCUCGGGUUGAGCCCAAUGACACUGAGACAAGGCUUGAAUUUGACAACAGCAGUACAUCGGAGACAGGAAUACCGAGCAUCAGUGUCAGCCCGAAGAAACACGAGUCCCUGGAGGAGAGAUCCAAUGAGACGAGCAAGGACGAACCAAUUUCCCUGGAUGAAUUCGAUGUCGAAGCCCAAAUGAAGAAAAUCACUGGAGACGAUGGGGAUGACUACAAAGAGAAGAUCGAGACGUCUUCGGAGAGGGACAAGAGCUUUGAUGGAAUUGAGGGACUCAUGGAGAGCUCCAAGGAGGAUUCAGGCUCUUCCGACAGAGACGACGAUGUUGAGAUCAAUUUCAAUAGUGCUCAGGUCUCGGGCGAACAGGGGAGAGAUGUCAAGGAGUCAGAGAACGUUGAGGAGAGGGCUUUCAAGGAAUUCGAAACACUGGCUAGUCUGGAGGUGCUCAGCGGUACCAAGGACAUUCAGGAAACGAGUAAAAUUGAAUCCACUUCAGCUGUGGGUACUUGUUCCUCGGAAGAGUCUAUGUUCGAUUCGAUAUCCAAUCUCGAUUGCGAGUCUGUCAACGAAUCACCGAAGAUAUUUCAAUCGAUUCCACCGUUGAGUGAACGAAUCCGUAAAAAAACCGAGAACUCUACUGCACCCAAGAAACAAUUGGACUUUGAGGCUGCGAUUAUCGAGUCCACUAUCGAUAUGGAAUCAGUGGAAAUGUCCAACGGUGAACAUAAGACUGAACUGUCAACUGCAUUACGUCAACUGCUAGAGGGAAAAAUGGAUCAGGAGCCAAUGGCUGUGAACAGUGCAAGCCCGGUGGAGAAAGAACCUGGAAGUCCACCACUUCAGCACAUCAACGAAUCACCGGAAUCCACUAGUUCACCAGAAAUUCCGAAUCUCGUGACGAUGGAUGUACCAUCCCAGUGUGUGGAUCCAGUAUUGAUUGUAGCCGCUGCAAUCACUAAUGUUCCACCACCACCGCCACCUCCGCUGUCUCCUCAAAGUGCACCAUCGGUACAGCCAGAGGUGAAGAGGCUGAAGGAUCCCAGGACAGCUCCGCACGAGAGGCCACCGCCUGACGCACCUCCACCAAUUAAACGGAAAUUAUCGAUCUCGGAAUACAGGAAGCGAAAACAGCAGUCCACGGGGCACCCAACGGAGCCUGAACCCUCCAGUGAUGCCACCUCGGAGAAGAGUCCUGGGCGGGGAAGGUCGGACAGCGCCAGCAGUGGUACGUCAUCACUCAGUUCUGAUGAUGACAGUGCCAAGAUCACUGGUGAAACAGCUGCCGCGCUGACUAAUUUAUCACUGUUGACCACUCCUGACAGCGAGGAACGGAAAGGCGGUGAGGAAGGAACAAUCGGCUGGUCAGCCGCGCCAACUCUCGUCGAAAGGCAGAGGGAGAACCUUACUGAAAGACUGAAACGUGAAUUCGGAUUGUUUCUAAGCGACGAUGAGGAAGAACGAGCUCGGAAACAAGGUCUAACAGCCGAGGCCAUCCUGAAGGCUCGUAAGCUGUCCUCCCCACCACAAAUGUCGCUAUCAGGUGCACCAAUGACGUACAAUCCAGCGAUGGCACCUCAGCUGCCACCUCAACCGUAUAUACCACCCCCAGGCUCAGCGCCAAUUCACUACACACCGUUGCCGGGUAAGGCUACGUCCAGCCAACAGUACCAAAAUUUUACCACCCCCAAUCCGCCCCCCACAGCCUCACCAAGUGGUGCUACAAAUGCCGCCAAACAAUCCCCUCAGUUUCUCAUACCACAGGCCCCCCCAGGCUCAAACCCCUAUCCCCCGCAAUUUUCCCCCACGGCAAGUGCUGCCGUCACAACUCCCCUCUUCACUCCCACCACCUCACCACCCUCUACACUUCCUCCCUCUACCCCAACCACUCCCCAAAAAGUCUAUUUCAGUAAUUCCCACCCCCCAGCGAGAUCGUAGAAAAUCUAUUGAUUUUCAACGUUUAUACUCCACUCAGAAUGUGUCAUUUGGGCUCUCAGUUAAUAUUAAGGGCCGAGGGGGGAUACAAUGGGCACAAUGGGAUCAUUUUUUUUCAUUGAAUGAAUCUUAUCGAUUGGGAACUCGAUUCAUUAGUAAAGGGCACAAUAUUCACGACGUUGACUUCACCUGAAAGAAACCCCUGUGUCCGUACUAAUGAAAAAACUCUUUUUUUCUGCUGCAGAAUUGGUUUUAUCUUUGAAACUGCUUUAUCGGUACAGUCUAGCGAGUCAGUAAAGCACUAUUACAGAUGGAAAAUAAUAAUUUGUCAGAGAAAACACUGGUUGAUAACUUCAUACAGACCCAGAGCUUCCUUAUCCCUUUAAAUACAUGUUUCUAUUUUGUAAAUUAAUUCUCGAGUUAAAAAUAACAAAAAAAAAUUAUCUAAAGUGCCCAUUCUGCCCACCAAUCCCCCACCAUGCAUUUUACAUUGCAUAUUAUUUAUGUUGGCUGAAUCAAGCUGCUAUAGAUUUUAAAUUGUCAACAUCGUUGUCUAUUUUUUUUUUUUUGGUAAUAUGAGAAUCGCAACUAUUAUAUUUCGUACAAAAAAACGCCACGAUAUUUGAUAAGCCUAUGAAAAACAUUGCGACGUUAUCGGAUCACUAAUUCUCGUAUAGUGUUUUAUGUUUAUAUAGUUUUUAAUAAUUAUUCAAAAGUGAACGGAAUUUAGCAUCUAGACGGACUAUUGAAAGCGGAUGCUUUUAUUAUUUUCUUUGAGUUUGAAAAAAGUCGAUACGGUGUGUAAAGCACCCUCAAAGUAUGUAAAUAUAAAUUGCAUAUAUAUAAAUAUGAAUAUAUAUACAUACGGAUAACCAAGCGUAAGAGUUAUUGCUAUAUUUAAUGUUCAUUACUGUAGAAUUCACGUAUAAUGUAGAAUAGCCAGGAAUACCAGUUCUAAUAAAUGAUAAUAGAGUGUGAGCUGUAAAAAUUAGAAUUUUUUUCUGCUAUCAUACGUGACAUAUUUGGCUCAACAAUUUCUCCCAUGUUUUUAUUCCAUAAUAAUGAGGAAGAAACAUCACAAUGAAUUGUGUGCAAAUACACCCACCUCUCCUUUGCUCCCUAUUUUUGUGACAAAAAAAUUUCUCUAUAUUUUAUAUUUACUUGUAAAUUCUCGAUAUGAUUAGUUAAUAAAUGGUACAUGUUGAAUAUAAAAUAAUUGGGCUGUUGCAUGAUUUUUUUAAUUGAAAAAAAAUGAUGAAACACCAAAAUUUGACGAAAAAUAUUGGAUACGUAUUUUUUUAUUAAACAAAAAGAUGAAAAAUCGAUAAUUCCUAACCAAUUGACGUGACGUAGUGAGUCAGAUGCCCUCAAUCAUCUAUAACUCGCUCAUAUAAAAACGUAUUUAAUAUUUUUAUUCAACUCUCAUAUCCACUGGUUAAAAAAUCUCAUGCAAAAUCCCAACUGAAAUUAAAAAGUGAAUCUUUGAUAACUAAACAUAGUUAUUCUUGCCUACAGUAGUUGAACCUCUGAAUAAUUGAACAAAGUGAUCUGCGAUUAACAUAACGAUCAAACUAUUGGUGCGAGAUGGUUAAAUAAUGUACAAAUUAUCGUCGAGAACGUUGACAUCACUUUGAUGAUUUAGGGUAACGAAUCCACGACAAAAAAAAAACAGAAUGAAAAUUGGUAGGUAAUUUAAAUUGACGUUAAUAUUUAGUGAUAUCCGGAUUUUUGCGGUGUGACAGGAAAAUAACAAUUUACUGUGAUGUAAAUUUCUGUCUCAAGUUUAACCACGACCAUCCGAAUGUUCGCAGAUAAGUAGACGUAGGGAAAGUGCGGUCUUAUCAAUAAUGUUUGCCACAGUGUGGCUAUUUACCCAGUGUACAAUGAUCAUAAGCAUAUGCAAUUGGAUCAGUGUAAAUGUGUAAAUAUAGAGUUGUACGGGGAUGUCCGUCGAUUAUUAAGGCAGUAAAAUGUAGAAAUUCUCUCUAAAUUUAAUAUAAUUAAAGACACCAGUAAAUCUGAUUUGUAAGAAUUGACAGAAGUAGUAAAAAUUUCACAAUCAAAAUAAACUUCUCGGCGACUGGAGAGUGAUACGGAAAUACUGAGAGUUAGUUCACUAUUUCAAGCGUUGCAUGAUCUUUUUAUCGAUAAAAUCAAUAAUAUAAAACAAAUGUAAUGAAAAAUAGUGGAUAGGAGAGAGUGGGGCACAAUGGAACGUCUCUUUUUAUGUUGAAGCUCUGCUUUUCAAUUUUAGAAUAAAAAAGACGUUCCAUGGCCGAGUCUUAAAAACAUACGACUCCAAUAUUUUUCAUUAGAUUUAUCCAUCGAGCACAAAAAAAAUCUCAUGCAACAGCCCUAAAUAUUGAUUACUGGAUGAACAACGACGAAAAUUUGGAGAGCUCGUCUUGACUAUGAAAACAAACAAUGUACAAAAUUCAUAAAUUAAUUACUAACGAUAGAGUAUAAUUUGAUAGAUCCGAUAAAUAACUACGGAACGCUGAUUGUAACUAUGGCAACGAAACCUGUUCUCAUUGCGCAGGCACAGUGUAAAUAAAAAUUAACGACGAGAAGGGGAUUACCUUCACAGUAGCGUAAUAGCAAGAACAGAAUGCAUAAUUUCAAUGGCUUAACAAUUUUUCAAUAAACCAUAUGACACAUAGAGUGCAUAAAGGCCCAUGGUGCAAUGUCUCAAAAGCUCCGAUACGCUGUAGAAAAUUUUUUUUUUCAAAGCCCAGACAUGACAAAUCCAUUGGAAUCAAUAACAAUUAUAAUAGAUGUAACUGGGUGAUAAGCUAUUUUAUGUCUCAACAUGAAUAUCAAUGAAAUCAGUUUCUAAGUGAAAUAAAUAUCGGCCAUAAAUCGUUCAAACUCUCACUCAGUAAAACAAUUCCGUGCAAUUAUUUCAUUGACUAGUGGAAAAUGGCAGAAUGCCUUCUCAAAUAUUAUUUUUCUUACGUCUGCUAACUAAAAAAAAAUAUUUUUUUAUCGUUACUCUGUUUUUUCAUGAAAAGUGACAACACAAUUAUGUAAAUACACGUUUUCACUUUUUUUUUUGAAUUUAGAUCGUAAUUAAAAGUACUAAAGCCAAGUAUCAGUAUUGCAUGUUAUGUUGAUACUUCAGAGAAAGUAUUAUUUAGGAAGAAAAAAAAAUAUGUUGCAUAAUGACGAGUCAUAAUGAACGAUAUCUCAUAUUUAUCUUUUUUAUUCCCUCGCUUGAAUUCCUACUGAGGUGAUCAGUUAUAUGGCUUAUACGCGAUUAUCUUGUCAUCCGGCCGUAGUAAUUAUCACAAUGACUCGAUUAAACAUUCAGUAAACUGAGUGGUAAGCAAAAAUAAUACUAAUAAUAGUUCACUGGUGAUUAACAAUUCUUGAUGUUGUAAAUAGACGAAAAUAAUCGUAACAAUAUCGUAAGUCUUAUCAACGUGAGACAGAUCAAGGGAAAAAAAAAUAUACGAGUAGAGGAGAAGAGGAAGAAAAUGUAACUUUUUUCUUCGAUAUUUUCCACUUGUUACGAUUUAUUUUAAUAUAUAUGUGUAUGUAUAAUACGACGACUACGUGGAAAAAAAAUAUUAUAGCUAAACUUAUAUGAAACAACAGGUAAACUUACACAUGUGUUAUAUUGUAUGAUAACUUUGAUUCAUAAUUGAUACUAAUUGAAGUGAAUAUAUAAAUAUAAAACGAGUUCUUCGGUUAUAUUAUCGUCAACGCCGUAUUACAAUUAUUGUUCUAUGAUAUAAUGUGUAAAGAGCUCAUUAUUUAGGCAUAUAAUAUGUAUAUGAAAUUUAAUAAAUCGAAAUAAAUUUUAUGAAUUAAAAAUUAAA